GCAGAACAUGUUUUGCGACAGCCAGCACAGUGUGUGUCUGCGGUCGCUGCAGGGCCGAGGUAUUCACAGCCCAGCUCCGGAGGUCACAUUCGCCCGGCGCCGCAGCAGCUCCAGAACAUUGCAUUCCCCUUGAAUUUCCUGCAUCAUACAUAAGAAGAUGACUGACAGAACAAAUGCUUCCUUGGAAAAGUCUUCAUCGGCACCUGGAGCUGCAGGCAUGGAGGGGCCCAGCGACAAGAUUUUUCGCUGCAGGUGGGUGCGUAACAAAGUUCCCAUGGCCCACAGAGAGGAGCUGUACCAGAUUCUGAGGAUGACGGGGCCUCUGCUGCUCGCUAGAAUCCUCCAUUAUCUGCUUCCUUUUGUGGUUACAAUGUUCUGUGGGCGCCUGGGAAAUGAUGUCAUGGCUGGCUACGGAUUAGCUUCUGCAACCCUGAAUGUUACCUCAGCAGCUACAGGAUUUGGUCUCGCUUUGGCAUGUGACACACUGGUCUCCCAGACAUUUGGGGGCAGGAACCUACUGCGGGUGGGAGUAAUCCUUCAGCGUGGCAUCCUCAUCCUGCUGUUGUUCUGCCUGCCCUGCUGGGGGCUCCUCAUUAAUGCUCAGGCCAUCCUGUUAUGCCUGGGCCAGGACCCAGUGGUUGCCAGAAUAGCACAACUUUAUAUCACAGCCUACCUUCCAGCAGUACCAGCCAUGUAUCUACAUCAUCUUCAAGUUUCUUAUCUACAGAACCAGGGUAUAAUUAUGCCACAAAUGUACGCCGCUGCUUUGGCUAACAUAGCAAAUGUGGCCACGAACUACAUCUUUAUUUACUGCCUCGAUCUGGGGGUUGUUGGAUCUGCAGCCGCCAACACUUUGUCUCAAGUUUACAUCUGCGUGUUUCUGUUUGGUUAUAUCUGGUGGAAAAAGCUCCAUGCGACGACAUGGGGAGGUUGGUCUGUUGAAUCCCUGCAGGAGUGGGGCUCCUACAUGAAACUGGCCAUCCCCAGCACAUUAAUGACUUGUUUCGAGUGGUGGGUAUACGAGUUUGGGGGAUUCUUUGCAGGAAUGCUGAGUGAAGAGGAACUGGCCGCCCAGCAUGCAGUAAUAAUGGUGGCUUUUUUGACCUAUAUGUUCCCUCUUGGCAUUCAAGCUGCUGCUUGUGCGCGGGUGGGUAAUGCUCUUGGGGCAGGAGACACAGCCAGGGCGAUUCUCAGCAGCAAGCUAUCGCUCACUCUUGCAGGUUGCUUUGCAAUCGUUGAGGGUCUUGUGCUUGGCUCUACAAAAUCAGUGAUUGGGUUCAUUUUCACAUCUGAUGAGAGGAUUGUUGGCCUGGUCUCCCACUUGAUGAAUGCUUACUGUUUUCUUCAGUUUUUUGAUGGUCUAGUGUGUGUGUGCACAGGAAUCUUCUUGGGCACAGGAAAGCAGAAAAUACCAGCUGUGGCUCAUCUUAUUGGAUACUACUGCAUUGGUUUGCCACUGUGUGUGACUCUGAUGUUUGUCGCAAAACUGAGGAUUCUAGGUUUUUGGCUAGGACUACUCAUUUGUGUUAUACUGCAAUCUACCUUCUACAUUGUUGUUAUCUUCAAGCUGAACUGGGAGAAAAUGACUGAAGAGGCAGUGAAACGGGCUCAGAAAAACACUCAGUUGGCACUUUUAGAUGCAGACGCUCUGUUGGACAAUACUGGUACCAACACCAGACGGCCAUCAAACAAUGGAAACUCAGUUGAAGGCUAUGUGCCAGUGACAACUGAGAACAAUGACGGAAAACUAGAGGUAUCUGACAGGCGUGCAGUCCCCCAGGAAAGACGAGGCCGACUCUCCAGCAGCCAGCUGAUCCUCAGGAGAGGCAUCACUGUGUUUGCAGCACUGGGCCUUCUUGGUGUGGGCAUAAUUGUGCAUUUCCUCGUGCCUUUACCGGAGACCCAGUUUACAAAGGCCAACACAACAGAGGGCUGGAUCAAUACAACAUAUGCUCCCAGCCAAUAUUUCUCCACUGUGCAAUAGAUGAGACAACAACUUCAGUCAAUCCUUUUUUGCAGUUGUACUUCUGAAAUGAUUUAUUCAUAAAUUUAUAAUGAAUGUAGCAUAUUUUUAAAUGUCAUCAUUAUGCCAAAAAAAUUUGAUGAUUGAAUAAUUUAAACUGUAGUAUGCAAAUUAUUUAAUAAUAGAUUUUUUUACUAGAUUUUUUGUGCGAUUUUUCUGUCAGCUUGUAUAAUAAAAUGAGAUAAUUAUGGAUUUGUGAUCACUAAAAUUUAUCCUGAUAAUACUGUCUUGAAAAUGACUUAUUUUCCAUUAAAAGGUUUUUGGAUUGUUUUUGGAUUGUUGGGCCAUGCUAACAACUCAAAAGAUUAACCCUUUAAUACCUGAAUUUAUUUCUGACUAUAUCAAAAACUUCUCCGGUGUUUUUCCGUUCAAGGUUAUUCUAAAUUAAUUUAUGGUUUGUUGUGAGUUAGUGACAUACGGCGUGAAGUAAAUACGGCGUUAAUAGUUGCGUUAAUAGUUACUCUUAAUGUAAUUUUGGAUUUUUGUGAUAUAUAUGUAUUUUUUUCAGACAUUAAAAAUCUAAACAAUAGCAGACAGCAACACCCCCCCCCCCCAUCCCCAGGCAACCUACAAAACAUACAGAAACAGUAUUUAAUUCUCAUUAAAAAAAAGAAGGAAAACAAAACACACACGACUACAUCAACAAAAUACAGAUGUUCCAGGCCAUAGAUUUAUAUAUUAUACAUUGGUUAAAGUAUAUAGAUGAUUAGUUCAAAACUCCCAUGGUUUGAUACUGGAGUGAAAAAGAUAUUUUAAUUUAAAGAAACAGUCUAGGGUCGGGUAUGAUUCCCCUCUGCAAAUCAAAUGGCUUUCUCUUGUAUUAAUAUAUUUAAAACACAAGAAAACAACAACUAACCCAAGUUAAGAGAUUAUUUCCAAACAUUUCUUCACUUUGUAUCUGGAAAAAAACAAUUCUGUUCAGUUCGGUUAUAGUGUGGUGGUGCAUGUAUGUGAAAAUUGUGGCAGACACGCGUUGGAACUCAGGAGACCACAAUCCUACCGCCUUGAUACUGAUGGACGAGGAAUAAUGCAGGUCAGAGUCACUUUGCUGAUGUCCUCGACAUUAUGGACCACCAUCCACUAUCUUUGACCGUCUCUCCUCCUCACGCGAUGCUAGCUCCACAAUGCUAGCUCCCCUGCUAGCUUUUCUGUGUAAGUCCCCCAAACUCAAUCCGACUGACAUCCACUUUAUCUCCAGCCCAGUAAGCCGUCAACCCAUUUCUUAUUUUUAUGUUGGUGAAGAACAAAAACAGAAUCACCUUUUCUUCUCGACACGACUCUCUCUCUGGCCUCUUUUCUCUUUUUCGCACCAUCCCCCUGCCACCUGUUAGCACCCACACAUUUCAAAAUAAAACUCUGAACAAUAAACGAUUGAUAUUAAAACAAAAUACGCACAACAUAACUUAUUAAUAUAAAACAGGUUAUUAAACUUUGUUUAAUGUUGAUGCAGUGACAACGUGAUAGUGUCGUUGAUCACAUAAAUGUACUGUAUUUUUUGGCUAGUUACGGAAUUUAUAUAUUUGAACUUAAAAAUAUGACAAUCUAAAUAUUUCUUAAAAUUUUUAAAGUCAGAAUAGAAAUGUUUUAUUAUCAUUAGUAGGUUUAUCAAGUUGUCCAACUCAGGAUUUAAUGUGAUUUUGGUGCAUUUUCUUGUCUUUGUUCCACAAUCUGUCUUGUGUCUACUUUUGCUGACUUACCUGGACACUAGCAAAAUCAUUUUUUUUAUAAUUCAGAAAAUAGCGAAGACCAAUUUUAAGAUAUUUUGUUUCAAACAUGAAUGAAUUAAUGGCUUCGCUUGAAAGCAUUUUUUUUUCUCCAGUAUGGUAAGCCACAGGGUCUACUGAGAACUGGACCACAUCCUGUGGAUGACAGGGCCUCUGGUAAGGACCGGGACUGUUCUCAUGAGCUUUUGAGUCUGCAAGUAAAAGUGUUUAUUGUGAUUUCACCAACAAUAAUAAUAAAAAAAAGAUUUAUGAUAGUUUUAAUAGAUUUGAGGGAACACAAAGCCAGAUCCUAACCCCAAAUCUGGGUUGGUAGGCUUCAGCAAAGAAGUGUCUGUAACUAAUACGAAUGUGUUUGAACACACUUGUUGUGACAAGACUAAUGGCAGGGGCCAUUAGGUGCAACAUGUGUUUGCUAAAAUCUCAUUAGUGGACUGGUAGGUGUUUCACUUCACUCUGGCAGUUUCUGCAGCCUUUUUGGAUCUUUAUAAAGCUGUUUCCAUUUUUAGUUACAAUGUUCUGUGGGCGUCUGGGAAAACAAAUAAUCCAGCUGCAGAUAAAAUCGAGCAGUAACUACAGUACAACAAAAUUUAGAUCAUUUUCUCAGAAACCUUGUUAAAGGGAAUAAUAGUAAAAAAAAAAAAAA